UCUUGAGAAGAACUUGCAAAGUGGAUUCAGGCUCGUGCGCGCUGGCUGCCGUCCUCCUCGAGCUGGAGGCUGACGCGAUGCCGCGGGACAGAUGACCGUCCUGAAGCACAGUCCCCCAGUCACAUUUAGCUGCUAACAUGGCUCCUUGGUCCAAGCGGCCGGCGACGAGGUGAGGGCGGCGGCGGAGGCUCGAGCGAGACGCGCUCCCCUGAAAGGUGCGGUGCGGUGCUUUGCGGUGCAGUGCGGGAGGAGAGCCGCGGAGCUCUGUCUCUUUGUAAGAGGAUAAAGAAGGAGCGAGGUGUAUUUUAAGCCAUGGGCAGUGGACCGGAUGAGAGCUCUGUGCGCGUGGCCCUGAGGAUUCGCCCUCAGCUGGCCAAAGAGAAGAUUGAGGGCUGUCACAUAUGUACGUAUGUGAUGCCCGGGGAGCCCCAGGUGGUCCUGGGUAAGGACAAGGCCUUCACCUACGACUUCGUCUUUGACAUGGACACACAGCAGGACUCCAUCUACACCCACUGCACAGAGCGACUCAUCGACGGCUGCUUCGAGGGCUACAACGCCACCAUCUUUGCUUACGGACAGACAGGUUCGGGAAAGACCUACACCAUGGGGACCGGCUUUGACGUUAACAUCGGCGAGGACGAGCUGGGCAUCAUUCCCCGGGCUGUCAACCACCUGUUCCGAGGCAUUGAGGAGCGCAGACAAGCUGCCACCGAGCAGGGCAGGCCGGUUCCUGAGUUCAAGAUCAAUGCGCAGUUCCUAGAGCUGUAUAACGAGGAAGUACUGGACUUGUUCGAAACAUCACGAGACUUCGAGGCCAGGAAGCAAAAGUCAAACAUCAAGAUCCACGAGGACGCCAACGGGGGCAUCUACACCGUGGGGGUCACCACCCGCACCGUCACCUCUGCAGCCGAGAUGAUGCAGUGUCUGAAGCUCGGUGCUCUGUCCCGGACCACCGCCAGCACCCAGAUGAACGUCCAGAGUUCACGCUCCCACGCCAUCUUCACCAUCCACCUUUGCCAAGUUCGGGUCUGCGCUCCCGAUAAUGACGACAACGCAACAGACAACCGCUUAGCUAAUGACACCGAGAUCAACGAAUUUGAAACGCUGACGGCCAAGUUUCACUUUGUGGACCUGGCUGGCUCUGAGAGACUGAAAAGGACCGGAGCUACAGGAGACAGAGCCAAAGAGGGCAUCUCUAUCAACUGUGGGCUGCUUGCCUUGGGAAAUGUCAUCAGUGCUUUGGGAGACCGGAGCAAGCGCUCCACUCAUGUGCCUUACAGAGACUCCAAACUGACCCGACUGCUGCAGGACUCACUAGGAGGCAACAGUCAAACAGUCAUGAUUGCAUGUAUCAGCCCCUCGGACCGGGACUUCAUGGAGACUUUAAACACCCUAAAGUAUGCCAACCGGGCUCGGAACAUCAAGAACAAGGUGAUGGUGAACCAGGACAGAGCCAGCCAGCAGAUCAGCGCCCUGAGGACAGAGAUAGCGCGACUGCAGAUGGAACUGAUGGAGUACAGGACGGGGAAGCGGAUGGUGGGUGAAGAUGGGGUGGAGGGAAUCAACGACUUGGUCCACGAGAACUCCAUGCUGCAGACGGAGAACAACAACCUGAGAGUGAGGGUGAAGGCCAUGCAAGAGACUAUAGAUGCCCAGAGAGCGAGACUGACACAGAUCCUCAGCGACCAGGCCAACCAGACUCUAGCUAAAGGAGGUGAAGGUAAUGAAGAAAUUGGAAAUAUGAUUCAGAAUUACAUUAAGGAAAUUGAAGAGCUUAGAGCUAAACUCCUGGAAAGUGAAGCGGUGAGCGAGAACCUCAGGAAGAACCUGUCGCGGGCCGCCACUCGAUCGUCCAUGUACGGAGGGCCCGGCUCCUUCUCCACCUCCCUGCUGGCUCCGGAGAAGGAGGCCAGCGACGUCAUCGAGAUGGCCAAGAGGGACCUGGAGAAACUGAAGAAGAAAGAGAGGAAGAAGAAGAAAAGACUGAGGCGAUGCGAGGAGAAUCACGACCGUCCGGUUGAACACGCCAGUGCUGUCAAAGAGGAAGUGCCAGACAACGAGCAGGAGAGGGGCAAUGAGGAAGCGGACGUGCAGGAGGGCAGCGAUCAUGAAGACGGUGAGGAUGCAGAUGGAGAGGAGGAGGACUUUGACAUGGCCGGAGAGGAAACAUCUGAUGAAUCUGACUCCGAAGACCAGGAGGAGAAAGACAAUGUUCAGGCUGACCUGGCCAACAUCACUUGUGAGAUCGCCAUCAAGCAGAAGCUGAUCGAUGAGCUGGAGAACAGCCAGCGGCGUCUGCACACUCUCAAGCAGCAGUACGAGCAGAAGCUGAUGAUGCUGCAGAGCAAGAUCAGGGAUACGCAGCUGGAGAGGGACAAAGUGCUGCACAACAUGGGUUCGGUGGAGUCGGGCACGGAGGAGAAGGCCAAGAAGAUCAAAGCGGAGUACGAGAAGAAGCUGAACUCCAUGAACAGAGAGCUGCAGAAGCUGCAGUCGGCUCAGAAAGAGCACGCUCGCCUGUUGAAGAACCAGUCGCAGUACGAGAAGCAGCUUAAGAAACUCCAGCAGGAUGUGACCGAGAUGAAGAAGACCAAGGUGUCACUAAUGCGUCAGAUGAAGGAGCAGCAGGAGAGGAACAGAGCUACAGAGUGUCGGAGGAACAGGGAAAUAGCCACUCUGAAGAAAGACCAGCGCAGAGCUGAGCACCAGCUGAGACAACUGGAAGCCCAGAAGAGGCAGCAGGAGCUGAUCCUGCGCAGGAAGAACGAAGAGGUGACCGCUCUCAGGAGGCAAGUGAGGCCCGUGUCUGGAAAGGUGAGCAGGAAGGUGAGCCUACCGGAACCGCUGCAGGAGCCGCCACAGCGAGCCUCCUCAGCGAGGCUGCAGCCCCCUGGGCCGAGCCCCUCCAACGGAGCCAGAAGUUCUCCAGUGCGGAUAGGAAGUAUGUACCUGAACAGGACGGCAAGGACCAAGUGGCAGUCACUGGAGAGACGCGUCAACGACAUCAUCAUGCAGAGGAUGACCAUCUCCAACAUGGAGAACGACAUGAACAGGCUGCUUAAGCAACGAGAAGAUCUAACCAGGCGGAGGGAGCGCGUGUCCAGGAAGAGAGAAAAGACGGUGGUGGACGGUGCCGACGCCGACCGCUCACUGGCCUCCCUCAACGAGGAGCUGGAGUCUCUGGCCGCCAACAUCGACUACAUCAACGACAGCAUCGCCGACUGCCAGGCCAAUAUCAUGCAAAUGGAGGAGGCGAAGGAGGAAGGAGACACGGUGGACGUUACUGCAGUGAUCAGCUCCUGUAACCUGUCAGAGACCCGUUUCCUUCUGGACCACUUCAUGACCAUGGCCAUUAAUAAGGGUCUGCAGGCAGCUCAGAAGGAUUCCCAGCUGAAGGUGAUGGAGGGCAGGCUGAAGCAGACGGAGAUCAACAGCGCCACGCAGAACCAGCUCCUCUUCCACAUGCUGAAGGAGAAGGCGGAGAUCAACCCGGAGCUUGACGCUCUGCUCGGCAGCGCUCUACAAGAGUUAGGUUACCUCUCGCCAGAAAAUGGAGAUGAGAGCAGCGGUGACGAGUCUCCCACCAGUCCAGCCCCAGAGGGCAGCACACUGGCAUCAGAUCUGAUGAAGCUAUGUGGCGAAUCCAGGCCGAGAAACAAGGCUCGCAGGCGGACCACCACCCAGAUGGAGCUGCUGUACGCCAGCAGCGGAGAUCUGCCCUGCGAGUCCCCGACUGGAGACUUCCCGGCCCCUCUGCUCCCCCUCGCGGAGCGCCUGGACGUGCUGGCCGAGCCGCAGGGCCACGCGGCCGCUCAGUCUCCUGACCGCGAGCAGACUGUGUCCCCAUCUGCACUGUUGGCCAGGCCAGCUGGCAUUUCUGGAUCCAAGUCGCCUACAGGGACUGAGAGAAAGCAGCUGGAGCGUUCGCCCCUCAACCGCAGGAAAACCCAAGAGAAAGGAUCUGUGACACCUAUGCACACAGCCCCAGUUACCUCAGCAGACGCCAAGAUUAGGCCUGGCGACUACAAAUCCCUGUUGGAGGAGUCGCCUGUGUUUGAGGGCCACAGAGGUGUGAUCAACCCGGUGACGGCCUCUAAGAACAGCCGUGGGGCCAAACUCCGGUGCCUCCACGUAGCAGAGGGCCACACGAAGCCUGUCUUAUGUGUGGACGCCACAGAUGACCUGCUCUUCACAGGAUCUAAAGAUCGCACAUGUAAAGUGUGGAACCUGGUAACGGGUCAGGAGAUAAUGUCCUUAGCGGAUCAUCCCAGCAGUGUCACAUCUGUCAGGUAUUCGUCCAGCCUCGUCUUCACCGUCUCCACAGCCUACAUUAAAGUCUGGGACAUACGAGACUCUGCCAAGUGUAUUCGCACACUCACGUCCUCGGGCCAGGUGGGUUCAGGCGACACCUGCUCCUCCGUCAGGAGUUUUUCCAUCCCUCCAGGAGAGAGCCAGAUCAAUCAGAUUGCUCUCAACACUUCGGGCUCCUUCCUUUAUGCCGCUGCUGGAAAUGCCGUUCGCAUGUGGGACCUGCGCAAGUUUGUGUCCACAGGCAAGCUGACAGGCCAUUUGGGGCCUGUAAUGUGUCUGACUGUUGGCAACUUAGGCAAUGGUCAGGAUAUUGUCCUCACUGGCUCCAAAGACCGUCACGUUAAAAUGUUCGAGGUGACAGAGGGUGCUCAGGGCAGCAUCGGCUCCAGCCAUACGUUUGUCCCUGCUCACCAAGAUGGCGUCGAGUCGCUGGCUGUGCACAGAGACGUCGUCUACAGCGGCUCAAGAGACUACUUCAUCAAGAAGUGGGACCUGUCCAGUAAACAGCUGCUACAGCAGUCCGCCAGUGCACAGACAGACUGGGUCAGUGCUCUGGGCCUGGUGCCGGGCUUUCGCGUGCUGCUCAGCGGCUGCAGAGGAGGACUCCUCCGCCUUUGGCAAGCCGACUCACUGGCAGCCCUCGGCGAGGUCCGGGGACACGACAGUCCCAUCAAUGACCUGGCCACCAACAGCAGCCAGCUGUUCACAGCCUCUGAUGAUCGCACCGUGAAGAUUUGGGAAGCUACCGUAUCCCUAGAAGACUGACUACAUUGACGGCUGCUCAUGAUGAACCAGAAGAUGGAAUACAUGAAAGAAAGGGUAAAAGUCCCAAGUGGCUCCCGGAGUGAAGACUGGCGUUCAAAUGACGCAGUUCUACACUGAUGGUCCUCGGGGUUCAGUUUCAGGGAAGCCUAAUUAGACGCGACUGUUCUGCUCUCAAGCCGAGUGAAUUUACUGGUAUUUUAGGUCAAGUCAGAUCAAGUGGGGCUUCUGAAGCCUCCACUUUACCUCCAGGAGCGAGAGAACAGCUGGGAUUGUCAAAGCCUUUCAUAACUGUGACAGAAGAAGAGGAGCAAGGAAAUGAGGCUCUUUCCCUCAACAGUCCUCUGCUCGCUGAGGCGCCGGACAACAUGGAUACCUACAGGCGUCUCGUAGAGAGAAGAGGAGCUUCUGGGGAAACGCUUUCCUCACCUGCACUAGUUGCUGACUGAUAUAAACUCUUCAAAUCUGCUCACCUGCAAUGUGACUGUUGUCUUCCUGUCAUUGCUCCCCAGUUAAUUGCAGGUACAGUGUGUGUGUGUGUGUGUGCGUGUGUGUGUGUGUGUGUGUGUGCGUGCGUGUGCGUGUGCUCUUUGUAUUCCUGGACCAAAUGACUACUGAAGCCACGCACGGCUCUCCUCAGCUGUUACUGCCAAACCCUCCCGUGGAACAUAAGAGGCCUGUAAUUAACACAUACUGUGCUCCUUUCACAACUUACAAAAUUACCACUUCACAUUUCUGUGUUUUUCUAGCCAGUGAUCAGUCAAUCCUCAAUCACAUGCCUCCAAUAUUGUAAGCGCAACAACCAUAAUGUUGCUGGACAUACGUUGAAGGCUGCAUUUUAGUACUUUAUCAAACCUUAUGCUAACUAAUUUAGCCUUGUCCUGUAACUUUAAAGGCAGCUUACUUUCCACAGCUGAAUGGUUUCUCUCCUCUAGUUGGUCUGACCCACGUCUCUUAUGCCUGUACAUUGUCUCACCCGCAGGACUUGGGUCCUUCUGUUGAAAGGGUUACCCGCUGAGUAUUUCUUUCCCUAACCUUUUAAUACUGUAGCUGUGCGACGCUUUUUUAAACCUGCGUCACGUAGCUUAACAGACUUGAGAGGCUUGGUAUUAAUGUAAGUCAUUGUGUUGUGAAUCAAGCGCCUUCUAACUCCCAGGUCAUGAGAUACAGUAUGAGGCUUAUUCAUUGUAAACCAUGAAUCUUCUCCGACCAUAUAUCCUCACCCCAGUCUUUGAGUUUGGUAUUGAUCAUGUUGGUUCUGUAAUUGUCUGUAAACCGUUGAUAUCAAACAUCAGUCAUCCUUUUGAUUAUUUAUUUAUUAAUGUUGUGCAACGCAUUUCUGUCCAAUAUGUGUGAUUUUACAGUGUCAGAGAUGAUGGAAUGCACAGAAAUCAUCUAGUGAUUUUCUCCAUAAUCUGAGGUGUACUGUGUUAUUGGUACGUGUAAUAAACCAUAAUUCAUAAGUGGACACUCACCUCCUAAUGAAUGUGUCCUUUGUUAUACAGUAAAGUUCUGGUAACUGAAUUCAUCCUGAACUACGCAACAAUGUCAUAAACAUUUACUUCUCAACUGCUUGCAUUUGGAUUUAAGAGGGAGAUGUUCUCUGGGAUGUAUCUGUGAAAUGAAGGCGGUGAACACAGGAAAACAAUUUCAAAGUCGUUCAGAGUCCUUUAAUAAGCAAGAGGGGAAUCAUUCAAGCUUCCUACCUUUCAAAUUUCUGAUUAAAACAUUAGAUGCAAUAAAAAUAAAUAUGAAGAUAGUUUUAUAAGUGCUAAGUGUUGUCUUUUGUUUUUAAGCAUACUGCAUAUAUGACUGCAUCCUGUCCACAUGGUGGUAGUAACGCAUAAUGACUACAGUACACAAUGCAACAAUUUUACUAGUGGAUCACAGAUUUUUCAACUUUUGUAGACAUGAGAGUUUCAGCAGCGUGUUUUACUUAGACACAAAUGUGUUAAGGAUAAAAGGCGUCACCAUGAACCAUUAUAAAUCAUUUCCAACAUGACUAAACCCCUGACAAUACCAGCGUUCACAUCCCAUAAAUAUUCUGUAAAAAUGACAGAAUUUCUGGUAAGUUGAUAUAAUUAGCUCCCUUACGAAUAUCAUUUGGCCUCUCUGUGCACAGCCUACAACGAUUUACAUGAUCCUCGCACCUUUAAUCAUAACUGCGGGUUUUUAUUGUUAUGUAUGGUACUACGAAGUAUUGAGCAGAGCCAGUGAGGGGCAGGGAGGUGAAAAGAGUCAGAAACUCCCCCUGAAGACACGAAUAAAUGUGAGCAGUGAUGGAAGGAUCAAUAUUUAAUGUUGAGCUGUGCUGAGAGCAGCAGUGUUAAUUGGCCUCAAAGGAGCCGGGGUUUGCAGUAAUCUUCUACUCAGCUGUACUUCCGAGUAUUUUAAAGGGUGCUUUCAGAUGGCCUCACACCACUACGAUACAUCUUGAUUAUUUAACUUGUUUUCCUACUGUUUCUAUUAAAGUGUAGAGUUUUGUUGGACACAAACAUUAGAAGAAUAACUUUGUUUAUUUUUAAAAUCUUUUCCGACUUUUCUCUCGUCUCAGUAUUAUUUUUCCAAUCAAUUCUGUUUGGUGCCCGGGAGAAUUUAGCUGUUUCACUUUUGGAUGAAUUCAUGAAAUAAAUAUGUGCAUCAUUAGCA